AUGGCUCGCCUGAAGGGCCAUCCCUUUCCAGAGGAGGACGAACUCGACGCUGAUGAUGAGGAUGAGUGUGAUGAAGAACAGGAGGAGGAAGAUGCAGAGGAAGAUGCCGAAGAAGAGGACGAGGAACAGGAGGAGGAUAUUGACGGGGAGGAAUAUGGGCAUGAAGGGGAGAACAAGGGUGACGAGGAGAUGGAUGAUAAUGAUGAAGUCGAGGUGCUUUCGGCGCAUCCCGGCUUUUCGGGCCCCACUCCAGCUGAGCUGCACCAUGCAAUCCGCAGCAGUCCCACAGCGGCAUCUUCAGGGUUGGAUGACAAACGGCGGGAACUCUAUGAGAAGAUGUAUAUGAUCAAAGAAUUGGAGAACGAAUUGGGUAUUCAGCACUUUGGGCGAGGCUCCGACCCGGUGAAAUCCAAGAGGGUCUCCGAGCCAGUUGUCGCAGCAGCUGGGGGAGCUACACCGAUCCCGAUAGAGGACAGCCCGCCCCAGAAGCCACGUCGCUCCAGCACCUUCAAGCAUCCCGACCAUCAGGACGCAGAGCUCUUGAUCGACACCCAAACGUAUGAUGCCGCUGAGAUUCUGUGCGGGCUGCCGUCUUCCAAAUCCAAGGGCAUCCUGGAGACUCCUCCGGCCGGGAAGAAUGCUUCUGAGAUCGAUGAUACCCCUCCACCCAAAGCAAAGAAUGUGCCAGAGAUCACCCCGCCCAAGGUGGAUCCAUCGGCAGUGACGCCGGACAUGCAGGCGAAGCUCAGGGACUCCCUGAAAGGCCCCAAGAAGAAGUUGCGUCUUGAGAAUGAUGAGCCGGCAGCAAAUGAUGAGCCGGCACAUGCUGAGCCGGCGGGGAAGAAAACGAAGAAGAAGAAGGCGAAUGAUGAGUCGGCAAAAGCUGCUGCGGCAGCCGACGGUCCAGAUGAGGCUCCUAUGCCGGUGAAGCGUGGCAGGGCCACGUCCAACCUGACGGUUAAUGAUGAUGUCGCUACCAGUGUCAAGAAAGCCAAAGGUUCGAAGAACCCACGUGCUGAGACGACAAAUGCCGAGGAAAGCGGCCACAAGCGCACGCCUCGAACAUGUGUUCCCACCCGCCCCCCCUCUCCUCCUGCCCACGGAGGCUGUAGCAAGUGUCGCCAUAGGCGCAACGGUUGCAGAAAGUGUAACCCUGCUCACUUUGCGGACCGGGCGCGAAUUCGCGCUGCGAAGGCCUAUUGCACGGCCACUACUGAGAGGCGCAAGGCCCUUACAAGGGUCGACAAAUACGAAAAGGACGUCAAGGAGUAUUGGGUGGACACGAAGACAACGGGUGAGAUCACGAGAACUAUGUCAGAGACCACCAUCAGGCGCUUCGAAGUCAGGGACGUUGAAAUGCCGUUGCCGGCGCCGCUGGUAGGCAAGAGCCCACAGCCGUUUCUGCCAGACGACGAGGAAGCGUACUACGAGGAUCAGGAGGAAGGCAGCGAGGAAGAGGAGGGCAAGGAGGAGGGAACCGACAGUAAAUCCAAGCAGAGCAAAGCUUUGCGGAAACGAAAGGAGAAGGAUGCUAGGAAUGCUGCGACCGAAGCUGAGGAGGACGAGCUAGUGGACAUGUCCACUGUGGCCAACACCCUCAAGGAGAUCCUUAAAAACCAGAACCGGGCGAUGGUCUUGGUCGACCAGGUGAAGGAUACCGUGCAGAAGGACAAUGGCGAGACGACCAAGCUCGAGCAGCACGCAAACAAACUUAUGACACUUCACGAUGAAAUCGCUGAUAUAAAGGCGAACUUUACGGUCAAGAAGGAUCAGGAGCUACCAGGCAGCACCAAGCAAAUGCAAGCAAAGGUUCUUGAUUGUGCUUUAAAUCUCAUAUCCUAG